ACCGCCCCUCUCCUUCCCCACGCGCUCCCCUCUGCCCGCCCUCCAUGCGCCUGCGGCCCCCAGGUGGCCUUGCCGCCCCGCACGCUUGCUCCCCGUGUCAGCCGUUCCCUACUAGAGCGUGUGAGCCGUGGUCACUCGGAGUUAGCUCUCAAGGCCCCCCAUCCUCAAAGCUCCAUAACCUCCUUAGGAAGGAGGGGGAGACUGGGCAGCCCCCUCCCUCCCUGAGGACGCUUGGAGCCCCGCCCACAGUGGGUGGGGUCGGCACUGGAGGGGUUAAGCCGGGCGAGAAGCCCGGGGCUUCCUCCCGCCCCACGCAGGAGUGCAGCUGCCCCAGGUUUCUGUCCCCGGGGCAUGACCAUGUGGUUAGGACUGGCCCUGGUGCUAGGGGUGGCCAUGUGCCUGGGGUAUAGCUGGCCCUUGCAAGCCCCUGAGCGUGCCUUCUCCGUGCUGUAGAAUGUGCCCUUGGCACACUGUGAGGCCCGUCAUGGGGUGAGGCUGCCACUUGGUGCCCUGGGCAUCGUAUCCAAUUGGGGCCAGCAUUUCCGUGGGCAGAACAUCACCAUUUUCUGCAAGAACCAGUUUGGCCUGUAUCCCUACCUGGGGCCCAUGGGUACAGCUCAUAACGGGGGCAUCCCCCAAGCUGUGCCCUUUGAGCACCACCUGCUGCAAGCUGCCUCCCAGAUCCACUGCAGCCUAGGACCUGGCUUCACUGGUCUGGCGGUGCUGGACUGGGAGGAGUGGUAUCCACUCUGGACUGGGAACUUUGGCCGCCGCCACACCUACAAGGAGGCAUCCUGGGCUUGGGCUCAGCAGGCGUUCCCUGACCAGGACCCUCAAAAGCAGCUCCACAAGGCCCGUACUGGAUUUGAGCAGGCGGCCCGUGCGCUGAUAGAGGACACACUGCAGCUGGGCCAAGCACUGCAGCCCCAAGGGCUCUGGGGCUUCUAUCACUACCCGGGCUGUGGCAAUGGCUGGCAGGGUAAGGCUGCCAACUGCACAGGCCACUGCCAUGCAGCCACCAUCGCCCGCAACACUCAGCUGCACUGGCUCUGGGCGGCCUCCAGCACCCUCUUCCCUAACAUCUACCUCCCACCCCGACUGCCACCUGUUCACUGGCAGACCUUUGUCCGGCAUCCUGAGGAGGCCUUCCACAGGGCCCUGGUAGGGCACCCACACCCCCUACCUGUCUUGGCCUAUGCCUGCCUCACGUACUGGCAUUCCGGAAGGUUCCUGGUCCAGGAUGACCUUGUGCAGACCCUUGGUGUGAGUGCAUCUCUGGGAGUGGCCGGCGUGGUGCUCUGGGGCAACUUAAGCCUCUCCAACUCCAAGGAGGAGUGCUGGCAUCUCCAUGACUACCUGGUGGGCACCCUGGGCCCCUAUGUGAUCAAUGUGACCAGGGCAGCCAUGAUGUGUAGCCGCCAGAGGUGCCAUGGUCGUGGGCGCUGCGCCCGGCGGGACCCAGGACAGACAGAAGCUUUUCUGCACCUGGGGCCUGAUGCCAGCCAUGGGGCUUGGGAGCCCUUCAGAUGCCAGUGUUACUGGGGCUGGGCUGGCCCAACCUGCCAGGAACCCAGCCUUAGUUCUGCACCUGAAGAAGCAGCCUAAAGCUGGGCAUCCCUGCCCCUGCCCCAUCUGGCCUCUGCUCUAGCUUGUCCAGUCCUGGUGGCAUUCUGUCCCAAUCUUGCGAGGUCAUCCUCCUGAGCACACACCCCUGGGCAGGGGUGGAGGGGGAGGUGCACAAAAUCAAGAGACACUCUGAGCUCUAAUGACUCCAGGGCUGCAGCCAGCUCCAGGCUGCGUUCCUGCACUUCACCGAGUCCGGGGCCAGAUGGGCCCCCUUAGACAGUUGGUCUUGGCUGAGGUGUGUGAAGAGGAAAGCU